CGCUGCAGUUACUACACUUCCUGGUUAGGAACCAAUGACGGUGUAAACACAAGGUCACGUGUUAAGCUCUUCUGCUCUACGACGUUCACAGUGUCGACGUGACGGGUGGAGAAAGGAUCACUAUGGGACGCCUGGACGGGAAAGUUAUUGUGCUGUCAGCCGCAGCGCAGGGAAUUGGACGUGCCUCUGCAAUAGCGUUUGCAAAGGAGGGAGCUCACGUCACAGCCACAGACAUCAAUGGAGAGAAGCUGAAGGAACUGGAUGGUAUUCCAGGGAUCAAGACCAAGGUGGUGGAUGUGACCAAGAGGGACCAAGUGGAAGCCCUGGCCAAGGAGCAUAACCAUGUAGAUGUGCUGUUCAAUAUAGCUGGGUUUGUGCACCAUGGCUCCAUCUUGGACUGUGAAGAGGCCGACUGGGACUUCACGAUGGACGUGAAUGUUAGGAGCAUGUAUCUUAUGUGCAAGGCUUUCCUGCCCAAGAUGUUGGCAAAGAAAUCAGGAAACAUUAUCAACAUGGCCUCUGUUGCAUCAAGCAUAAAAGGUGUUGUUAACCGGUGUGUCUACAGUACCUCUAAGGCUGCAGUAAUCGGGCUCACCAAAUCUAUCGCGGCUGAUUUCAUUGAUCAAGGCAUUCGCUGUAAUUGUGUUUGUCCUGGGACGGUUGAUACUCCAUCACUGAGAGGCAGGAUCCAGGCCCAACCUGACCCAGAACAGGCUUAUAAGGAUUUCAUGGCAAGGCAGAAAACUGGCAGGAUGUGCACAGCUGAAGAGGUGGCGUACCUGUGUGUAUACCUGGCUUCAGAUGAGUCAGCCUAUGUGACAGGGACGGAGCAAAUCAUCGAUGGAGGAUGGAGACUGUGAGAAACAUCAUGAUAUUGGUGGAAACACUUGUUUGCUUCAUGAAAUAAAUCUUGAAACACAA